GGGGCUGCGCUGGGCUCAGUGUGUCGGUGUCAAUGUGUCUGUCCUUCACUCCUCCAUUGUCUGCCGCCGCCGCUACCACCUCCUCCGCUGCCCGAAUCGUCGCAGCCUCCAGCCUCGCGCGUCGCCGCUACCUCCUCGGACAGGUAAGAGAUGCUCAGAAAUUUUAUGAAUAAGCAUCAGAAGCCAGUGCUAACAGGCCAGCGGUUCAAAACUCGGAAAAGGGAUGAAAAAGAGAAAUUCGAACCCACAGUCUUCAGGGAUACACUCGUCCAGGGGCUUAAUGAGGCUGGUGAUGACCUUGAAGCUGUAGCCAAGUUUUUAGACUCCACAGGCUCAAGAUUAGAUUACCGUCGCUAUGCAGACACACUCUUCGAUAUCCUGGUGGCUGGCAGCAUGCUUGCCCCUGGUGGAACACGCAUAGAUGAUGGUGACAAGACCAAGAUGACCAACCACUGUGUGUUUUCAGCAAAUGAAGAUCAUGAAACCAUCCGAAACUAUGCUCAGGUCUUCAAUAAACUCAUCAGGAGAUAUAAGUAUUUGGAAAAAGCAUUUGAGGAUGAAAUGAAAAAGCUUCUCCUCUUCCUUAAAGCCUUUUCUGAAACAGAGCAGACGAAGUUGGCAAUGUUGUCAGGGAUCCUGCUGGGCAACGGCACCCUCCCUGCCACAAUUCUCACCAGUCUCUUCACCGACAGCUUAGUCAAAGAAGGCAUUGCGGCCUCAUUUGCUGUCAAGCUUUUUAAAGCAUGGAUGGCUGAAAAAGAUGCCAACUCCGUUACCUCUUCCUUGAGAAAAGCCAACAUAGACAAACGGCUGCUUGAGCUCUUUCCAGUUAACCGACAGAGUGUGGAUCAUUUUGCUAAAUACUUCACAGACGCGGGUCUGAAGGAGCUCUCUGACUUCCUCCGAGUCCAGCAAUCUCUGGGCACUAGGAAGGAACUCCAGAAGGAGCUUCAGGAGCGACUUUCUCAGGAAUGCCCAAUCAAGGAGGUGGUGCUUUAUAUCAAAGAAGAAAUGAAGAGGAACGACCUUCCAGAAACGGCAGUGAUUGGUCUUCUGUGGACCUGUGUUAUGAAUGCUGUAGAAUGGAACAAGAAGGAGGAGCUUGUUGCUGAGCAAGCCCUCAAGCACCUGAAGCAAUAUGCUCCCCUACUGGCUGUGUUCAGCUCUCAAGGCCAAUCGGAGCUGAUCCUCCUCCAGAAGGUUCAGGAAUACUGUUACGACAACAUCCAUUUCAUGAAAGCCUUUCAGAAGAUUGUGGUUCUCUUUUAUAAAGCUGACGUCCUGAGUGAAGAAGCGAUAUUGAAGUGGUAUAAAGAAGCACAUGUUGCCAAAGGCAAAAGUGUUUUUCUUGACCAGAUGAAGAAAUUUGUUGAAUGGUUACAAAACGCAGAAGAAGAAUCUGAAUCGGAAGGUGAGGAGAAUUAGAUCCUCAGCAAAGCACAAUAUCUAGGUCGCCACACAGAACUUUUUGAUUGGGAAUGCUGAACCAUUUGGAAGGAGAAACUUGGCUUCUGUUUUCACAAAGGAAAAAAAAAUUAGGAUAGACUUCCCUUGUGCAGAGGGGGGAAAUUGGUUUUGUUUUUGUUUUGUUUUUAAAUGGAGCCCUGAGGCAUCAGAUCUUAUACUUGGGACUCUACCUCUCAUUCACUGUCUGCUAAUUUAAAGCCAUUCAACAAGGAGUCAAGUAGGGAUCUGAGAUUAAAUACUUAACAGACUCCUCUUUUUUAGCUGUAUUUUUCAGGUACUGUGUGGUGAACGCCCACUGGUGUCUAUUACAGGGCCACUUUGGUAGUGUGUAUCUGCUCAUGUAUGUGAUUUGACAAACCAGUUUUUUAAAAUAAAUGGCUUUUUAAAAAUCUGGG